UCAACCAAUUAUAAAAAUAUUGCUGCUGGCUCGCUUGCCUUGCAUAGUAUUAUUUUUUGGUUUGGUUGGAAUUACUGUCCUAGUUUGUUGAGCAGGUAGUGUGCUACUUAACAACAAAAAUAUUUAUUUUUAGGUACUUAUCAAACAUUCGAUCAUAUAAUCCACUGUUAGUAAAAUGUCGACUACUAUUCCACUUAUUGUAAAAAUUUUAGCUUCGUCAGUUUCUGUAGCUAACAGAGCUGGUAAAAUAGUGCGCGAUGUUAUGAGCAAAGGAGAACUUGGCAUUGUUGAAAAGGGGAAAGACGAUUAUCAAACUGAAGCUGAUAGGUCAGCGCAAAAAUGUAUAAUAGCAUCACUGUCAGCACAAUAUCCGAAGGUGAAAAUAAUCGGAGAAGAGGAAGAAAGUCCAGAUGAUAAGGGUGCAAUUCCAAGUGACUGGAUAGUAGUGGAGUCUGACAAGGAUGUUCUUUGUAUGCAAUGUCCAGCGAGCCUACAGGGCAUCUGUGAGGAGGACAUUGUUGUGUGGGUUGAUCCUCUUGAUGGAACCUCGGAGUAUACCCAAGGUGCCCUAAUGUUGAAGAGGGAUCCUUGGGAAAGAUGGAAAAUGUAUCUUACGCAUCCAUUCAUUAGUAUGAAGUGGUAUUUAAGUUUGCUACAGUCAAAAUAUGGAUUUCUAGAACACGUUACAGUUUUGAUAGGAAUAUCAGUGAAUGAAAAACCAGUGGCUGGUGUCAUACAUCAGCCAUACUACAAAACUAUUAUUGGAGGAGAGAAAGUAAUGGGCAGAACAAUAUGGGGCCUGCAGGAGGCCGGAGUUGGGGGAUAUACACCUGCACCGCCUCCUGAUUCCUUGAUUAUCACUACCACACGGAGCCAUUCUAAUCCUAUUGUUGAACAGGCAUUACAAGUCAUGAACGCAUCCCAAAUUCUAAGAGUUGGUGGAGCUGGUUAUAAGGUUCUACAAUUAUUAGAAGGCAAAGCAUCUGUGUAUGUCUUUGCGAGCCCUGGCUGUAAGAAAUGGGACACAUGCGCGCCUGAGGCUAUUCUGGCCGCGGCCGGAGGCAAGCUGACAGACAUUCUCGGCAACUUCUACAAGUAUGGCGCCACAGUGUCGCACCCCAACAAGACUGGGGUGCUGGCAGCGGUCAACGACGAACUUCAUAAUUAUGCCCUGACCAGAAUACCUCGGGAGUUAAAAGACACACUCGCUAAAAAGUGAUUGUAAAUUUGGAACAGUAUUUUGUAAAUAUUUAAAGGAUUUUCUUGUACAAUAUGUGUAUGAAUAAAAACAACUGUUAAAUAAUAAAUUGUAAUAAAAAAAACUUGAAAUAAAUAAUAAUAUUAAUUGUU